UUCACUUUUUUGAAAAGGUCACAUGUCCCUCCAGUUCCAUAAAUAGAACUCACACUUGACUGACUUCCCACGACCACAUCACUUAGCAUAACAUCUAUAUCAAACCUUUAUUUUCCUUCUCUUUAUAUAUUAUCUAUAGGCUAUAUACACAAAGUAUACAUGGAUCCUUCCAUCAAAGGAGAUCAGGAAAUGUUAAAAAUCAAGAAACGAUGUUAUCAAGAUCUUGAGUUAGGUUUGACCCUUUUGCCACGUGGUACAACUUCAUCAGAACUCAAUCUCAUCGAUUCUUUCAAAACCAGCUCAUCAUCGACUUCUCAUCAUCAUCCAAACCGUCAAGAACAUGUGGAAGAUCCAAGAACGUUCUCGUGCAAUUAUUGUCAAAGAAAGUUCUAUAGCUCACAAGCACUAGGCGGCCACCAAAACGCUCAUAAACGCGAACGUACCUUAGCCAAACGCGGACACUACUACAAGAUGAGUCUCUCCUCCUCCUCUUCCUCCUCAUCCUCUCCUUCUUCAGCGUUUGCGUUUGGCCACGGUUCAGUCAGCAGAUUCGCGAGCAUGGCAUCGUUACCGUUACAUGGCUCGCCGAGUAACAGAUCAACGCUAGGGAUUCAUGCUCAUUCAACGAUCCAUAAUCCUUGUCUAGGAAGACAAACAGCGAGUUUAAGCCAUGUUUUCAAACAGAGCGUUCAUCAGAAACCGGCUAUCGGAAAGGUGAUGCCGGAGAAAUUUCACAUUGAAGUCGCCAACAGUAACAUUGAAUAUUUCAAGAGCAAGCAAGAAGAUCAUAAUCAGUUUAAGAAGAUUGACUUGACCCUUAAGCUAUGAUCUAUUGAUUGUCAUCUUGUUUUAGUCUUUAUUAUAACUUUUUCGGUUUUUUACUAUCUUUUGAUUAUUACUUUGUUUGAUAUAAUGAUUGACUGCAGGAUGUGGUAGAGUUUCAUCAAUUAAGCUGUGCCUUUUUUACUUGAUAUAUUGCUGUAUAGGUCAAUA